AUGUCAUCAGGGUCCAACGAUCAAUGUGAACACUGUCAUAGUGCUUUUUCAUUCCUCAAAAAGAAAAAAACAUGUGCAAUUUGUCGUCAAUCUUAUUGUUCAAAUUGUGCACCACGUGAACGUAAUCAAAGCUAUCGUGCUUGUCUUAUAUGUCAAAAGAUAUCCAAUGAAACAACUACAGAUAGUCAAUUACUCGAAUUGAAAGUCAAACAUUUACGAAGCUACUUGCAAGCGAAGAACAUUACUCAUCACACGUGUACAGAAAAACAAGAACUAGUUGCUCUAAUAACACGCAAUCGAAAUGUUCCAUUUACGAAUUUGUAUACUCAAGAAACAUCGUCAGAACUAAACAAUACAAAUCAAUCGUCAGCAAAUGCUCAACCGCCGAAAUCUGAUAGUAGCGCGAAACCGUUUGCGAAUUUGCAAAGCUCAGUUUCAUCGUUUGCAAAUCAAAUGAACAGCUUUGCUUCGAACAUACAAGACUAUGUGGCAAAUACAGUUUCCGGUGUUCUUAAUCCAAUUUUGGACGAUCCACUACAACAACCGACUGCAGCGGGUGCUGGUAGUUCUCAAAAUGGUGCACCAUUCAAUUUCAGCUCGGCUACGAAUGGACCAUCUCGUCAGACACGACCAACGCCUAAUAGUGCUGCUCAUACAACUUCAACUGCAUCUGCAUCUAAUGUUCGACAAUCAACGGCUAGUUCACAUUCUACAACUAAACAGCAAUCGCGUCGUAAAUCUCUUAGUGAAAUAAAAGAUGAGGAAAAUAUAGAAGAUUUAAAUAUUCGCGACUUGAAAGAAAUUCUCGCUGCGAAUUUCGUUGAUUUCAAAGGAUGUGUCGAAAAAGGUGAAUUACUUGAUAAAGUUCGACGAUUGUAUCGUGAUAGAAUCAAUGAAAAGCAUAAGGCGAAACAACUUGAUGAUUGUCCCGCUGGUGAUAACGAACUAUGUAAAAUAUGUAUGGAUGCUAUCGCGGAUUGUGUCUUCUUAGACUGUGGACAUAUGGUAACAUGUGUUAAAUGUGGGAAACUACUUGCUGAAUGCCCGAUAUGUCGAUCAAAUAUCCAGGUGGACGUUUUCUUUCUUGUCGGUGAAUAUUCAUACAAACUAUUAGCAAUUGAAUUUUCAUAUUACAGUCACACUAAAGCACUAGCAAUCGAUCCGCAUGAGCAACUAACUUUGGCAAAAGUAAGCACUUAG